GGCCCCUCACCUGGGGAAACGGCUCCGUGGUGGAGCAGCUGAGAUGCAGCUGGGCCUGUGGCCUGCGAGGCAGUCCUGUGGACGCCUCCUCCCCCAGCCCACAGCCCAGGUCUGCAGCUGGGUCCUGCCUCCUCUCAGGUGGGCCAUGCCUGGGACUUGGCUGUUGCUUCUCCUGGCCCUCGGGUGUCCAGCCCUGCCCACAGAGGUGACUACUCUCCUGAGGCUGGCACAACAAGGUGUGGGCAGCACACCCUUCCCCUCUCUGGCCCCACCAAUCACACUGCUGGUGGAUGGGAAGCAGCAGACUCUGGUGGUUUGCCUGGUCCUCGACGUUGCACCCCCUGGCCUUGAGAGUCCCAUCUGGUUCUCAGCUGGGAAUGGCAGCUCACUGGAUGCCUUCACCUACGGCCCUUCCCCAGAAGCUGAUGGCACCUGGACUAGCUUGGCUCAGCUUUCCCUGCCCUCUGAGGACCUGGCAGCCUGGGAGACCUUGGUCUGCCACACUGGACCUGGGACUGGGGACCACAGCCAGAGCACACAGCCUCUACAGCUGUCAGGAGAGGCUUCCUCAGCCAGGACCUGCCUCUGGGAGCCUCUCAGGGGGACCCGGGGCCAGGUGCUGCGGCUCGGGGCGCUGCGGCUGCUGCUCUUCAAGCUGCUGCUGCUGGAUGUGCUUCUGACCUGCAGCCGCUUCCGCGCCCCGCCCGCCGCGCGGGGGGACCCGGCCCGGGCGCCUCGUCCUGGGGACCCCGGGCUCCCCGCGGCCCCGCGGGCGGACCACCUUCUCCUCCCGCGUCCUCCGCCACCGGGAGGAUCGUCCGCAGACCCCACCGACUGGAUUCGCCGCAAUGAUGGGUGGACCACAGGCCGAGGGCUCAGCCUGUCCACCCCGCCGGCGCUGCAGCCCCGGGACGGCCGCUGGGUUCACACCCGCCCUCCGGGUCGGGAUCCCAGGAGCCCUGUCUGGGAGGAGGGGCCGCUGGUGCUCAGGCCAUGGCGCUCGGGACCCGCCCUCAGUAUUCCUGCCUCCAGCCUUGGAGCGUUUCUCUGUGAUCUGCCUCCUCCAGCUGACCCGAGCUUCCCCGGGGGCUAGGCUCCGUCUCCCCGCCUCAGACUGACGGCUUUCUGAGGGAAAAGGCUUUGUCUCUCCCAUCAGAUUGGAAGCCCCUUGAGGGUGGUGAUUGACCCAGACACUGGGACAUUUGAGGUGCUGAUAACUGAGAACAAUUAAAGGAGAACUUAUAUGACACAAGCAAA